GCGCUGGCCGCCCGUCGUAGCCUGCUCGAGCCGCCCCAGCGUUAUCAAUACGAGUCCGCGCUAUCAGUGGAUUGUGCAAGUGAUACUGACUUAACUCGUGAUACAAGUGUUAACCGAGUGUUGUGGGUGACAGCAAUUAGGACUCGGCGGCGCUUCUUUAACGGUUGACAACACUCGAUUCGCUCGAUGAGGCGUAGAACUGUGUCAUAAGCAAUGGAAUAAGCAUGGACGAGUUGUCAAGUAGCGGAAUAGAGAAAGGGCGAUAUGGGAUGAGAGAGUGCAAGUGAGAGGCCACGAUGGGGACAAAGAUGCUGUUUUCGCUACUAUUGCACUGCUUCUACGUGACUACGGCUUCGAGUCCCGGCACAGGUCUAGGGGUUCUGUCAGCAUUGAGCAGCGUAGAGAGAACAGAGAGGCCCUACUUUGACGAUGUGUCACCGAGGAAUGUAUCGGCAGUGGUUGGCGAAUCGGCGGUGCUACGAUGUCGCGCAAAACACAUAGGAAAUAGAACUGUCUCAUGGAUGAGGAAGCGUGACCUGCAUAUUCUAACCUCUCACAUCUUCACCUACACUGGAGAUGCAAGGUUCAGUGUCCUACAUCCAGAGCCCUCGGACGACUGGGACCUGAAGAUUGACUACGUCCAGCCCCGAGAUGCGGGCGUCUACGAGUGUCAAAUCAACACUGAGCCUAAAAUUAAUAUGGCCGUUAUGCUUAGCGUUGAAGAUGAGUCCUUCACCCCCGCGCCCCAGCCUCCGCCCCGAUCCUCAGCUGCUGCGGCCACUAUCUGGGGGUCGCAAGACGUGUACGUAAAGAAAGGCAGCACGAUAUCGUUGACCUGCUCCGUCAAUGUCCACUCCUCGCCUCCCUCUAGCGCUUCAGUCCUGUGGUACCACGGCAAUGCUGUGGUGGACUUUGACUCACCUCGAGGAGGAAUUAGCUUGGAGACAGAGAAGACGGAAGGCGGUACUACUAGCAAGCUGCUAGUCACCAAGGCUGCGCUAACAGAUUCUGGAAACUAUACAUGUGUUCCCAACAAUGCGCACCCGGCUUCUGUGUCCGUUCAUGUACUCAACGGCGAGCAUCCGGCCGCAAUGCAGACGAGUAACCGAGCGACGUACCUAACAUCUCAGCUGAGCUGUGCUCUCUUCACCUACCUGCUCUCCUCGAUGGCCGGCAGAUGAUCACCCUUCUCACUCAUGAUUUGAGAUGGAAAUUUUGUUAUAUGAACUUAACUCGUGUUAAGAAUAUUUUAAAAGUGUGAAAUUCUUCAUACAUUGUCGCUGUUAACAUAACUUGCAUGCAAUGAAAACAUAUUUUUUAUUUAAUAAUUCUUCAAGAAAAUUAACCUAGCAUACAAAAAGACGCGUAAAAUGACGGCAGACAAAUAAAAUAGAAUAAAGGACGCUUUUGCUUCGACUGAAUUCAGAUAACCGUUAAUUUCGUUACAAAUGUAACCUGUCAAAACAGUUGAAAUAUUUAAAUAUCCAAAAAUAGACACCAAUAAUACGUUUAUAAUUUCAUUGGCUUCUAUUAUUACCACAAAAUAAUCUAAUUUAUCUUUGAAUAUUUAGUUUUCUUCCCAUUGAGUCGUGUGAUCUUUUGAAACAAACAAAAAUUUCGUCUCAAACAACUUAACGAGAUUUAAUUAGAUUGAUUAAUUGAAAUACGUUAGAAUAAUAAUUGUAAGAACUCCUUCAAAAUAUGUAUAACAUUGAUCUUCUCAUAAAGUCUGAUUGUUUAUAUGGUUUAAUAAACAACGAGUUUUUCGUUAAGCCAGGCAUUGCAGGCACAAUUAUUGAAUCCUCUAUUUGUUUGAACUUUUCAAUUUGAAUUAGUCAUUGGCUAAUUAUGGGAAGAUGAUAUUGUUAUAUAGCUUAGUGUUUCACUUUCGUUUCAAAAAACUAACUAAAGAUUUCCUCAAUUAUUCUUGAACAUUUAUUUGUAUUUAGUAAGAUUUUUGAAAUCACGUAAUCAAUAUAGCUAUAUUAUAAGCUUAACCGAUAAUCAACACAUUAUGAAUGCUUAUAAAGUCCUAAUUUAUUAAUUACUCUAAGUACUGAAAAUAUGUGAUAUUAUUUUACGAUAUUAUCGAAACCAAUGUUUGCAGAUUAUGUAAGUCGUUAUAACGUACUUACUAAAUGGAAACAGUGAAGUUUAACCAUAAAUAAAGGCAAACUGCACGACUUAGGACAAAUCUUUACGAAAUAUAUUAAAAUUAGACUAUAAUACAAGUAGUAUUAUCGUUUGAUGUUAUGUACGUGUUAAAAGCGCCAUUUAACGGUUUCAGUGUAAAAAUGAUAUUUCGUAAAGAUAGCUUCCUUCUUCUUUCAACAAUUUACAUUCCAUUACGAAUUUGUAAAUGGCCAGGAUGUAAAUAAAAUAAAUACGUAAACUAGACUAAUGCGUUGUAAAUAAUUAUUGUUGUAAAUAAAAUUAUUAUCAGUUAGUAGUUGCAGUUGAGAUGUUUACGUUGUUCUUAGAACAUAAUAUACUAGGUGAAUGUGAGGGAGAUCUCUUCUCGACUUUCUUCGAUGUAAUUUUAGGUAAUUUAUUAACUACUUAAUAAAUACACUUACAGCUUAAUAAAUACAGUGAUUAAAAACUGGAUAAGUUUAUUUUCAUAUUCGGAAGUUUAAAACGCGGAAUUUAAAACACAAAGUACGAAAGAAAGAAAAAAAAUUCCGCGAGUCAAGCUGCACUUGCAUCGUGACGUCGGCCAUUGUUUCUCGUAAAUAAAAACAAGAGACAAAAGAUCAACAAUGUGCCAGUUUUGCAAAGAUUUCUCAUUAAUACUGAGGUACAGAUGCAGCUCUUGUUAGAGGUUUUUUUCGACAAAACGUACUAGUCGAGGGAGGGUUACUUUUCCUAGAAGGAGGUUACCUAUCGGAAAGUCGGAAUUUAAAAAAAUUGCUGUUAGCUUCUCAUUGAGUUUCUAACAAGAGA